GAGCUUAGCGCCGCCCGCGCUUCCGGAUCCGGUGGCCCCGCGCUCCGCCCGCGCCGCCGCGCUCCGCCAUGCCAUGUCCGCGCUGAGCUGGAAACCCUUCGUGUACGGCGGGCUCGCCUCUAUCGUGGCCGAGUUCGGCACGUUCCCUGUGGACCUCACCAAGACGCGCCUGCAGGUGCAGGGCCAGAGCGCCGAUGCGCGGUUCCGCGAGGUCCGGUACCGCGGCAUGUUCCACGCCCUCUUCCGCAUCUGCCGGGAGGAGGGCGGCCGCGCUCUCUACUCAGGGAUCGCCCCUGCCCUGCUAAGACAGGCAUCCUACGGCACCAUAAAGAUCGGCAUCUACCAGAGCUUGAAGCGGCUCUUUGUGGAUCGCAUGGAAGAUGAAACGUUGCUGAUCAAUGUCAUCUGUGGGGUGGUUUCAGGGGUGAUCUCCUCUGCGCUUGCCAACCCGACAGAUGUGCUAAAGAUCCGAAUGCAGGCUCAAGGCAGUUUAUUCCAGGGGGGCAUGAUUGGCAGCUUCAUUGACAUCUACCAGCAGGAGGGUACCCGAGGCCUCUGGAGGGGUGUUGUCCCAACAGCUCAGAGAGCUGCCAUUGUGGUUGGCGUGGAGCUGCCAGUCUACGACAUCACCAAGAAGCACUUAAUCCUGUCGGGCCUGAUGGGUGACACCAUCUUUGCCCACUUCGUUUCCAGUUUCACCUGUGGGCUGGCUGGUGCCAUUGCCUCCAACCCCGUGGACGUUGUGCGGACGCGGAUGAUGAACCAGCGGGCGAUUGUGGGCAACACAGAGCUCUAUAAGGGCACCCUGGAUGGGCUGGUGAAGACAUGGAAGAGUGAGGGCUUCUUUGCACUCUACAAAGGUUUCUGGCCCAACUGGCUUCGGCUUGGUCCCUGGAACAUCAUUUUUUUUAUCACAUACGAGCAGCUGAAGCGGCUUCCAUUCUGACAGCUGGCUUCACCCCCCCCGAGUCCUCUCCAGGACACGCAGCAGAGCUUUGCUGCAGCCUUCCUUCAUCUCACCAUCCCGUGUCUUGCUGUGUUGGUAAUUGUGGGUCUGGGCCCUCCCCUCCCCAAGUGCACAGUCCCUGGAGCAUGCUGUGGCUGAGGAGUACCUGGGAGGCUGGAGGCGGGUGCUGUGUGAGUUUUUGUGUCAGGGCAAGUGUGAAGGGUGUCUGAGCGGGCUUGAGCGGUAUCUUCUGUGAAGAUCUGGGUGCUCCCAUGGCCUUUGGAUGCUGCUGGGGGGGGUGGUUUGGCUCGUGUGUGCUGCUCGGCCAUGGUGGAGGCUGGGCUGGGCGGGUGCUGGCGUGUGUCUCACCUGGAACCUCAUUAAAUUAUUUACUGACUGGUGGCUGAGCCUGUGUUUGGGUGGGUUUUGCUGCAGGGACCCACAGCGCCUGCUCCAGCCAACCCGGGAGGGAGCAGCAGCUAUUCCUAAUGUUCAGCACACUCCAUGGGUCUUUCUUCUCCAAAUUGCUGUAUGUAAAAGCAGUCUUGAGGGUUCAUUACAAUAGAAAUGUUCUGAACCAAAGUAAUUGUUAGUGAUGAAACCAAGUUGCAAAACCUCAGUCUCUUACUGCUUACAUUGGGUUUGCUUUUAUCAUUUUUAAAGCAGGUUAAAUGUGAUUUCAAGCUGAAUUCAGACGUCCCACUACUUUAAGAUGGUGGCUCUAAUGUUGCUAGUGCUGAGCAGAACAUCAAGCAAGAUAUUUUGGUCUCUUAUUUAAUGUGUACGGUUGUGAAAGCCAACAGCUCUUGUGGUCCUACUCCCUGUCCUCAUUGUGGGGUGGCUUCAGGUCGGAUGAAGGUCCGUGGUGAAUUUCCUCCAUGCAAACUGCACAAGGGACGUUCAGACAAAGCCAGCCUGGACAAUGAGAACUGUGCUGUGAAGGUGUCGCUGCCUUGGGCCAGCGAGUGCAUGAGGAAGGGCACUCCAAGAAGCUCCUGGACUUGAGUCAUGCUCUGAACAGAGGUGAUACCCCAGGGCUAUGGCUCAGCAGGCUGUGAGGACUCUCCUCACAGUUAAACUGCAUUUGCAAGCUGUCAAAAAUGGGGAGCAGUGGAUUUGGAGUGGACAAGGUCCAUACUCCUCGCCUGGCCUCCCUCAUGGAGAAGGUUUCUAAACAUGACCAAGUAAAUCAAUACUGAUGUG